AAAUUUUUGGGCUCAGAUCCAUAAACUUUAAAAGUGGGCCAAACAUUGAGGAAUUUGCAGGGUCCAUCAACGGUUACCCAAUCAACCUCAAUUUACCAGCUUCCCUUUCCGUCGUUGCCACUCCACUUCACUUUGUUGCUUUCUGCAGAGUUAAUGGCACUUCAAAUCCAAUGAAUCUCUCUCUCCGACACAUUACCAAAACCUCAUCCUCCAACAACAUUCCAAUCACAACGUUGUUCCUAGAUUCCACACUGCCACAUGGCACCUUCAGUGUCUUCACCACCACCAAGCUUCGCUCUUUCCAUCAGGGACGACGAACAAAUGGACACCAAAGAAGAAGAGAGCAAGUGUGCUUACCUUGUGGUAGCUCUUUUCCCUUGUCUCGUUUGCUUUAUUAUCCUCUUAAUCGCUCUUUCCAUCAUUCUUGUUUUCAAAUUCCACUUCUUUUGCCACACCCCUCUUCAUUCCUUGUUCUACAAAAAAAACUGUUGAUUUCCCAUUUGGGUUGUUUUUCUAGGUUACCCUUUUCUAGUUUCCAUGAAAAGUUUCUGUUUUUGGAUAAUUAUAGGGGAUUUGGUAGUGUUAGUAAUAGUGGGGUUGAAUCUGAUACUGAGGGUGAGGGUAGUGAUGGUGGUGUUAAUGCUGAGUCAUGUGCAGAUUCAGACGAGGUUAAUAGGGUAUGCAAGGUGAUUGAUGAAUUGUUUGCUUUGGAUAGGAACAUGGAGGCAGUUCUUGAUGAAUGUGGGGUUAUGUUAUCACAUGAUUUUGUUGUGGAUGUGUUGCAAAGGUUCAAACAUGCUAGGAAGCCUGCAUUUAGGUUCUUUUGUUGGGCUGGGAAAAGGCCUGGUUUUGAUCACGAUUCAAGAACUUAUAACUGCAUGAUGGAUAUUUUAGGGAAGACUAGACAAUUUGAGACUAUGGUAGCAAUGCUUGAUGAAAUGGGUGAGAAGGGUCUUUUGACAAUGGAGACUUUUGCAAUUGCUAUCAAGGCAUUUGCUUCUGCUAAGGAAAGGAAAAAAGCUGUUGGGAUCUUUGAUCUUAUGAAGAAGUAUAAGUUUAAAGUUGGCGUUGAUGCUGUUAAUUUCUUGCUUGAUAGUCUUUGUGCGGCGAAGCUUAUUAAAGAAGCCCAAGUUGUGUUUGAAAAACUUAAAGAUAGAUUUGUUCCCAAUUUACAAACUUACACCAUACUUCUUAAUGGUUGGUGUAGGGUUAGAAACUUGUUGGAGGCCGGGACGGUGUGGAAUGAGAUGAUUGAUAAGGGAUUUAUGCCAGAUAUUGUUGCACAUAAUAUUAUGCUUGUAGGGUUGUUAAGGUGUAGGAAGAAGUCUGAUAGCAUUAAGUUAUUUGAAGUCAUGAAAGCCAAAGGUCCGUCGCCGAACGUUCACAGUUAUACAAUAUUGAUACAGGACUUGUGCAAACAAAAGAUGAUGAGAGAAGCUGUAGAUUAUUUUGACGAAAUGGUGGAUCGCGGCUGUCAACCUGAUGUUGCACUUUACACUUGUUUGAUCACCGGGUUUGGAAAGCAGAAGAAAAUGGAUAUAGUAUAUGAUUUAUUGAAGGAAAUGAGGGAAAGAGGUUGUCCACCUGAUGGAAGGACCUACAAUGCUUUGAUAAAACUGAUGGUAAGCCAACAUAUGCCAGACGAUGCAGUGAGAGUAUAUAGGAAAAUGAUUCAAAGUGGCAUCGAACCAACGAUUCACACAUACAACAUGAUAAUGAAAUCGUAUUUUGUGACGAAAAAUUAUGAAAUGGGCCGAGCAGUUUGGGACGAGAUGCGUCACAAGGGGUGCUGUCCUGAUGAUAACUCCUACAUUGUAUUCAUCGGUGGCCUUAUAAGACAAGGCAGGCCAGAUGAGGCAUGUAAAUAUUUAGAGGAAAUGAUGCAGAAAGGGAUGAAAGCUCCUCAGCUUGAUUAUAACAAGUUUGCUGCUGAUUUUUCUAAGUAUGGGAAUCCUGUCAUACUUGAGGAGUUAGCUAGAAAGAUGAAUUUUGCUGGUAAGUUUGAAGUGUCUAAUGUAUUAGCCAGUUGGGCUGAUAUGAUGAAGAAAAAUGUCAAGAGAAGAGAGGCUGCAGAAUCUUGUAGGCAGUUUUCAUGAUUGCUUGAUUGAUUUGCAGGUUUGCAAAAACCCUUUUGGUCGAAAGAUGUUAGAGGAAAAAAACCAACUCCUUUGAACUACCAAUCAUCUUCUUUGUAUUCUAGUUUUUUUGUAAAAUUGUUUGAUGUAAGCUAUUUAUUUUUGUACAUAGCUAUGGUUAAAACUUAUAAACAAAUGUUGUAUAAUAAUGGCUUGUACCGGUUUGAAUGAAGAGCUUGGUGGAUUUGGUUAUAGGAGGCCGUUAUUAAGAAGACAAAAAAAAAAUGGUAGUAGUAUAUGCUUCUAGUUUGAUAUAGAGGGGUAGAGGUUAGGUUUAGAGAGUUAAUUGACAUAUUACUCCUUAUCUUAGCAUGCAAGGAGGUAAAUGUGUUUACUCCUUAUAUUAAACAGUAUUGAAUCCAAAAGCAUGAGGGAGUGUAACUGAUGUGAUCCUAUGUCGGAUUUUCUCUAAAAAGUACUGCAUAGGAGGCAGUGAAAUUGUGAUCGUAGGUCUUAUUCUCUUUGAUUUUUCAUACUUGUAUUAUUGUUCUCAUUUUAGUUUUAUAGUGAUUCUCAUUUUGUGAACCAA